UUUUCGAAAUCAUAAAGUGUUUCAGAAUAUAAGUCAAGUUCUAUUUUCUAUGGGUGUGAGUAGGAAUGCGUCCCAAUGUAGGGAAAAAUUAAACCAGUAAAAUCUGAAUACAGGAAAAUCAAGUCGAGUUUUGAAAAAUUCAGGCUAAUCUGGGAGCACUUGAGUUUGCUCUCGAGUUGAUUUGACUAGGUAGCAUACGCCAACUUCCUUUAACCAGAAGAAGAAAAACCCUCCUGAAAGGCUGUCUGGCCUACAUUUCCCAGAAACCAACGGAACAUACAACUGAGCCGGAAGGAACGCCCAUGUGGUACUCUGUCUUUUCUGAUUGGCUUAUUCAAGCAACUGCAGGUUGGCGGGGAGAGAAGCCUAAACAUGGAAGAUUCAGUCAUACCGUUUUUAGAAAAGGCUCUGCAGAGAAUCCCAUCUUCAAGUCUUAAGAGUAUACUGAAUGAAUGGGGAUUCUUAUCAGCACCGCAGCUCCAAGAUCUACAUUUUCAGCAGUCCAAGCACAUCCUGCACAAUAAAGUGCUCGCCUUUUGUGAGGAAAAUGGUGUGAGAAUUCGACAUGUAAUACAACUGGACAUGAUAUACAACCGUGAAUACCCUAAUAAGAGAAACUGGAGUGUUUAUCAGUUCUCAGAACGGCAAGAUGAUGCCCUUGUCUUAAACAUGACAGAAUUUAGUCAGAAGUUCAAAGUAAAUCUGAAAGACCUUAUAAGACAUGUAUCCAUUGGCAUGAAGCAAUGUGAAGAUGAUGCCGUAUGGAUCCGUGUUGCCUGGGGUGACAAUUUUACAAAGCCCAACCAAUUUAAACCCACAUACGUAGUGUACCAGUUACACACUCCUUAUGUGUUCAUAUCCAAUUUGAAUGUUAAACACAGACCACUCCUUUCUCAGGCACUGGUUAUUGCAGCUAAACAUGAUGAGAUCAAAGAGAUUCAGCUGAGAGGACGCUGUUUGAAGUCACUGAAGGAUUUAGUGUUGCGCCGAUAUAAACAGUCUUUUCAGACUUAUCAGCCAAAACCCCUACAGGAAAGAAAUUCUCCAGAAAGGGAUCAAGGUAUUGUACAUGAACAUGCAAAACGUUUGGCUGACCUGAAGGAAGUAGCCACACAAACGUUUGGAGAUGGGCCUUUGCCGAAAUUAGAGACUGCGGUUUUUAAGCUUGAAACCAAGUUUAAGGAUCCUGAGAACAGAAUACUAACAAACAGACCAGAGCCUUUUAGAUGCGCUGUCAAGUUUUCAAGCCCAAGCUUCCUGGAAUCCUUAAAAUCUUUAGUGACACUGGGUAUUGCGAGUGCCCCUGUUUCCCCGCUGCUUUCAUCCAUACCACAAAAGGCAAGAAAUCAUUUUGUAAUCUCAGAGAAGGGAACUGGAGUACCCUCCACACCUGGCCCAUAACCUUUUGAAGACAAAUAUUGGACAUUUAUCAGCCUAAUUAUGGAUAAGCUGCGCACGCACACACACACACACACACACACACAGAUGGAAUGGUUUCUUAUUAAGAGGUUAUAACUAAUGAAAUAGAUCAAUUUAUCUUACCUGUCUAGUGCUUCCAUUCUCUAUGCCGAUUUCAUAUGUGAAAAGAACUGCAAAUGCACAACUUGGAUAGUGAAUGGAAGUGCUUGACAUGUAACUUUUAAAGAAGUAUUUCAUUAGUUACUUUAAGUUGUUAAUUGUGAAGUUGUUGGAGUUUUUUUUUAACAAUUGCACAAGAUAUUCUCAAGUGCAAUGGGGCUGAGAAACUGAAACUGGUUAUUAAAUGAGAUUACUGUUGCUGGUAAGAACUCCCUUAUUGCUUUUAGCUUUUUAAUUGUUAUUACACAUCAUUUGAAUCGUUUAAUUAAACUCCUGUAUGAUUAAUAAUUAAAAAAAAAAUAAAAACUUUCUGCUGACUUUUGUUCUUACUCUGGGAUAUGGGGUAAAGUGCGGGGCAAUGCAUUGCACUAUUUUUGUAUAAUUUUUUUAUUCUAGACCCCUUAAACUUUGGGACAUUUCAUUUUCUGUUAUUGCCAUAUUGCCCAAUUCACUUCAUCAUUUGCCUAAGCUGACUAGGCUGCAGGUAGUUUGCAAGCUCCCAUACUGGUGGGCGGGGUUUGGAGCUUUUUAAGAGAACCUUUAAAUCAUGUUGAGUAAACUGUUGUAAUGUGGUACACUGUUUAAUAUUAAAUUAAAAGAAAGAUUCUCUCCUUUG